GUGUACAAAGACAUUUCCACAUUUACUAGACUAUCAGAACAUAAUGUCUUGAUGUUUAGGUUUUAUAAUCUGUUUUCACUGCUUUUGGCUGGGUACAGGUGCUUUCUUCUAAGUUCUCAUUGCCUUUAUUUCUUCUUCUAGAACUCGAACUGAGCCAGCGAGUGGAACAUCAAAAGCAAUUGAGGACUCUUCUGCACCCAUUCCUCUGGCCCAGCUCAUUAAGACCAGCAGUCUGGCUGAAGCCAACGCUUCCGAAGAAGAUAAAAUAAGAGCCAUGAUGAUCCAGUCUUGCCAUCAGUAUGAUCCAAUCAAUUACGUGAAGAAACCCUUGGCUACACCUCCACCAUCCUAUAUUUGCUUUCGCUGCGGAAAACCUGGCCACUAUAUAAAGAACUGUCCAACAAAUGGGGACAGUAAUUUUCAGUCUGUUCGCAGACUGAAAAAGAGCACAGGAAUUCCCAGGAGUUUCAUGGUGGAGGUGGAAGAUCCCAAUACGAAGGGUGCAAUGCUGACACCGACUGGAAGAUAUGCCAUACCAAUUAUUAAUGCGGAAGCUUAUGCCAGAGGAAAGAAGGAGAAGCAUCCCUUUUUACCCGAGGAGCCGUCCUCUUCCUCCCUCUCCUCCGCCCCAGACUAUCCAAUUCCGGAAGAGCUCUUAUGUUUCAUUUGCAAAGAGAUCAUGGCCGAUGCAGUGAUUAUUCCCUGCUGUGGAAACAGUUUCUGUGAUGAAUGUAUUAGAACAACAUUACUGGACUCUGAGGAACAUACAUGCCCAGCGUGUCAUCAGGAAGAUGUUUCUCCUGAUACUUUGGUUGCCAACAAAUUCCUACGCCAGGCUGUGAACAACUGCAAAAACGGCACUGGUUACGCACAGAUUAUCCAGAGGCAGCUGCAGCAGCCACCAGCACCUCCACCAGCACCCGUGGCUCUGACCCGUCCUGCUGCGCUGGUGGCUGCCACAGAACGUCCUCAAUCUUCCCCACUAUCAGUCGGCGGUUUGUGGGAAGAGAAGGGCUAUCAGGUUCCUGGAGUGAGACAGAGAGCAUUACCAAGUCUUCUGGGUCACCAAGGACCAUCAACACCCACAACUGGUCAUCCAGUGAGAGCUGGCAAAAUUCGUUCGGCAAGCGGCAGACCAGACUGGGAAGUGGAAAAGAAAAAAUCCAGACUAGAUGAGUUCACAGAUGGUUCAGGAAGGGAUGGAAUAUAAGAAGACUCCAAAGGAGCGUUCAUUGUCCAGGUAAUUGCUUUACAUGUCCGUAACGGAGGAGCAGGCUGGGCAGAGGAAUCAGGAGGAUCUCCACUGCCCCUCUCCAGGUGGAUGGGCUGAUUCCAGGGAUUAGCAGGGAGAGGAGUUCUGUGUGCAGGUUACUAGCUCAGCUAGGGCAGAGG